UACGGCAUUUCCGGUGCAGAUCUUUCUUAUAUCAGUCCUUGUACUCCUGUGCCAUGCUCAUGUUCUAAUCGCGGAUCCCUAACGUUCUAGAGGUCAGGAAUAUGGCUCAAGGGCGAGGGCAAGUGGUGUCCUGGUACAUCCUCACCGGCUGCGCUCUCGUCUUACUUGCUCUUCGCCUCUGUACACGAUGGUCGAAGAUAGGCAAUUUGACCAUCGACGAUUUCCUGCUGGUCAUGUCGGCAAGUUGUCUUGUUGGGUGCUUGGGUGUUCAGCAGUACAUGUGGAACAACGGUAUUGCCAACAUCGAGACGAUGACCCUGGAAGGAGUUGUCAAUAUCCUAAAAGUCGACAUACCCGGGUCCAUUCUAUACAUCUCCUCUCUGUGGGCUAUCAAAGCGGCUCUUGUGAUCUUCUACAAAAGCCUCACCGUGAGUGGCUCAAGGUUGCAAAGAGCCUACAACGUGGCACUGAUUGUCCUUGCAAUAACGUGGACCGUGCUGUUCCUUGACAUCUUCCUUCAUUGCCUGCCGCUCGACAAGCGCUGGUCUCUUGACCUUGACUACCAGUGCGACGCCAAGGGCUCACAGGUUAACUUUUGGCUCACAGUUCUCACAAACAUCUUCACUGACAUAGCAAUCAUCAUCCUACCUAUCUCCAUGGUACUGAGGCUACGCAUGAAGCGCAAGCAAAAGUUCGGCGUUAUCGGCAUCUUCGUUCUCGGCGUGUUUGUGCCAGUUGCAAGCAUCGUGCGGGCCUACUAUGGAAAUCAGGGCGACACGAUGCUGUCGUGCACAAUGCUUGUAGUUGAGAUUGCCGUUGCCAUUAUCGCUGCUUGUCUCCCUGCCCUCCGUGCCAUUAUACUCGGUCGCGGUUCACAAUCCAAUUAUGGCACAUACGGAAGGCAGUACGAGCUGUCCUCCACACAGGGCUCACGACUGCGACACGGCAGCACAGUCAUCACAGGCGGAUCUACGGCAGUGCGGCGAAACAGUGAGUCGCAGGAUGAAUUGGUGUAUGACAGGAGUGAAGGUUUCGGGCAGAACUUUGGAAAGAGUGCGGACGACCAGAAGGGGAUCGUGGUUAACACGCGAAUUGAUAUUGUGAGGGGAGAUACGGAGGCUGACUCGCUAGAUGUUCAUAGUCCGAGUCUACAUAGGCAGCAUAUUUGAGGUUAUAGUAAGUUGUGCACAUACCACAUUACAGCAGACCAUGAAUCAAGAUCGGUGUUCGACAAUGCAUUGUCAUCUCGAAGACGAUUCUAAUGGUGCCCUUUGCCUGUAUCCUAGUGUUUUCCGUGUCAUCCUGGUACAGGGCAGGGCAAGACGUCAUGCUUACAGCGGUAAUUGCAAGGACCGCACCAUAUAUCUAGCACGUCGAAUGAAGCUUUUUGAGUGGU